AUGUCAACGGAAGAAAAGAGAAUCGAUGGAGGGCUAGACGAUCCCGGUAUUUUUGAAAGAGACAUUGGGAAUGUCGAGGAUUCUACCGUAGACGACGGCAUAGAGGUUCUAGCGCUUCAAGACUUGGAUCCUGCUCUUAACGCGAAAAUGCACCUUGUCAAUAAUGCCAUUGAUGAGAUUGGUUGGACCAAUUAUCACUGGAAAUUGUUCGUUCUAAACGGGUUUGGUUAUUCUGUCGAUUCCCUAGUACUCUUACUCCAAAGUAACAUAGCAAUUCCGGCCUACAAGGAGUUUGGCCAGGUCGGAUAUGACAAUGCCCAGACGAUUGCUACAUAUGUUGGAAUGCUGGUUGGGGCGCUCUUUUGGGGUAUGGGUGCUGAUAUUAUAGGGCGUCGUUGGGCGUUUAACAUAUCUCUCUUCAUCUCCGCCGUAGCAACCGUUGUCUCAGGCGCAGCUCCGAAUUGGGCCUCCCUAGGCUUCUUUACCGCCAUGGUCGGAUUUGGAGCUGGUGGAAAUUUGAUAUUAGACACCACUGUCUUCCUCGAGUACCUCCCCAGCAAUAAACAGUGGGCGCUAACUUUUUUGGCCUGCUGGUGGGGUAUUGGUCAAGCUGUUACGGGCUUCAUCUGCUGGGGUUUCUUAGUUCCGUCUCAGUGGAAUUGUGAAUCUGCCGACAAUUGUCCAAGAGAAUCCAACCAAGGGUGGCGAUACGUCAUGUACACUUCCGGAGCCCUCGUUUUCGCCAUGUCUAUUGCGCGCGUCACCGUUGUCCGUCUACAAGAAACUCCAAAAUAUCGCUUGGGAACCGGAGAAGAUGCUGAGCUAGUCGAGACGCUACAUUCGAUCGCCAAGAGAUAUAACCGACGCUGUACACUGACCUUAGAAAAAUUAGAAGCUUGCGGGACAGUAAGGACUGCACAUAGCGAGAAGCGUUAUUCGCUCCAGGAGAGUUUUAUUCAUCUUUCUGGACUUUUCGUUACGACAAAAAUCGGCAUUUCGACCUUGCUCAUUUGGCUAUCAUGGACACUGAUUGGACUUGCUUACCCUCUUUUCUACGUCUUUCUAAACACGUACCUUGCUAGCCGUGGUGCUUUAGAUGGCGUUGGAACUUUCGACACAUGGCGUAAUUAUACACUUACAAACAUAUCAGGCAUCUUUGGGCCAAUCCUAGCAGCAUAUAUGUGCAACCUUAGAGUCCUCGGCCGAAGGUAUACAAUGGUGAUAGGCGCGCUAGUAACUAUGGUCUUCUUCUUCGCCUACACAACUGUGUCGACUCCAGCGCAGAACGUUGGAUUUAGCUGUGCUAUUGCAUUUUGUCUCAACAUCUACUACGGAACCUUAUAUGCAUACACCCCUGAGGUACUACCGAGUGCCCAUCGUGCGACAGGAAACGGUAUUGCAGUCGGCUGUAAUCGUAUAAUGGGUAUUAUUUCCGCGGUUGUCGCUAGUACUGCUGACACUGGCACUGUCGUGCCGAUUUAUAUAUGUGCAGCUCUUUUCCUUGCUAUGGCGGUUGUCAGUGCAAUCUUCCCAUUCGAACCGUAUGGGCGGAGGAGCUCAUAA